AGCGCACAGCCACUAGCACAGUUGAUACUAGGUGCAGUAGUGCAGAGUAGUAUUUCUGGGGUUCUGCGUGUUUCUGAUACGCCGCAGCUCCGAAAAUGAUUUAAUUUAAUGUGUUGUAUAUGAAUUAAACUUCGUGAAAUUGACAGAUUUUUAAUCAAGAAUGUCGUGGGUAGCGAACAGUAUUUCUCUGGCAAUUCGCUCAUGGACACCACAGGUGACCGCAGUUAGAUUUCGUUACCACGCGGAUAAAGUGGCUCGAGGUCCACUUAUACGCCGAUAUGAUUGGACAGACCCAACAUAUCGUCGUGGACUACUUCCUCAUAUUGGAGCAGGUAAAAAAUUACCGAUACCAGACUACCGUCCAAAAGAUGCUUGGAAUCGAAAGAGGGCAUUGUUCGGUCAGAAUGAUUACAUAGAUAUUUUGGGGAAUGAGCAACUUCAUCCCACGAGAAUUCUUUAUAAUGUACCUGCCUGGCUCAGAGGUGUCAGCGGUAACGAAUACCAGGUGUUGUUGCGUAAAAGAAAAAUGUUGCAACACGGUGUAUAUCCUGUUGCAAGACCGACCAAGUGGAACGAGCUGCGGAAGAGAAUACAAUAUCUCUAUAGAUUCCUCAAUCAGAAGACCAAGACCGGCUUUUGCAGACAGUAAAAGGAGGUAUAGAUAUGUUUGUAUCAUCUAAUAAGUUGAAAUAUCUAAUAAAGAACUAGAAUAAUCGUA